AUGACGACAAUGGAAUCAUCAACAUCAAUAUCAAAUGAAUUGUAUACGGAUAUUAUUCGAAUACAAGUUACUACAGUUCCCUCGGAUUCAAUUAAUACUUCAAUAAUUGGUCUUCAAUCGCCAAUAGUUAUUUUUAUUUGGUUUGAAAUAAUUGCUGCAUGUCUUGUUUAUGGACUUGGUUUUAUUGGUAAUAUAUUUUCAUUAAUCAUAUUUUGUUCAUUAGAUGAAUUUCGUCGAAUUUCAACGGGUUGUUUUUUUCUUUUAACAACAAUAGCGAAUAGUUUUCAUUUAUGGACAUUAACAACAGAAUUUCUUGGUGUUUAUAAUGUAUAUAUCUAUUCUGGUGG